AAUAGAAAUCUUGGAAUCAAGUUUAAAUCUUAUAUUGAUCAAAAAUUAAGGGUAUGGUUUAAAGCUAAAGAAGUAGCAACUAUUUUGGGCUACAAAAAUACAGAAAAAGCUAUAAAGAGUCAUGUAAGUGAAAAUCAUAAAAGAAAAAUUCUUUUGAACCAACCGUGUGAUUCGCACGGUUGCUCUAUGACUUAUUUUAUCGAUGAACCAGGUUUCUACGAAUUAGUUUUUAGAUCAAGAUUACCCACUGCAAAAUUUUUUAGAGAAUGGGCUUUUUCCAAAGUUCUUCCAUCAAUCAGAAAAUAUGGUUAUUAUAAAUUUAGAGUUACAAAAUUA